ACAAAACUCGUAGUUUCAGUGUUGUAUAAUUCUUCAUGCAUGCUUAAUUUAUUUUUCAUUGUGAUUCCUGAGAAAAUUGUAAUUGAACCAAACGAAGCUAAAGCCAAAGCCAAAGCCAAAGCCGAACCUGAAUCCAAACCAAAUCAAACAAACUCCUAUAAACUAGGCAUGGCGUCGUCGAAGGUUGUUGCUUCCACGAAUUCGGAUCUUCUUCUUCCAUCAUUUUCUGUUUUCUUCUCUCUCAUCCUCCAACCACCACCAUGGACGAAAUUCUCAAGAACAUUUACCCUGCCGCCAUACAACAAUAUCAACAACAACAACUUAUUAAAAAACAACAGCUUCUUCAACGACAACAGAUUCUUCAACAACAGCAACUUCUUCAACAACAACAACUUCUUCAACAACACCAACAAUUUGAACACCAACAAUUUCUUCUUCAACAACAUCAAUUUGAAGAACAACAAUUUAUUCAGCAUUUUGAAGAACAACAAUUUAUUCAACACCGACAACUAUUUGAAGAACAACAAUUUAUUCAACAACAACAAUUUGAAGAACAACAAUUUAUUCAACAACAACAACAAUUUGAACAGCAACAAUUUGAACAACAACAAUUUGAACAAUUUGAACAACAAAGACUUCACCAACAACAAUAUGAAGAAAAACUUCAACAACAAUAUCAACAACCCUUCUUCACCGACACCAUCGACAAUGUAUGGAACGACGUCAUUCCCAGUGUCGCGACAACUACGUACCAACACCGCCACCACCAAUACCAUAAUCUUGAUCAUACUUUCGAUGAAGGUUUCAUCGCAUCCGCCGUAGAUGAUGCGACUAUUGAAGAUUUCUUGGGCAAAUCUGGCGUGGUUCCUAUUCCCACUGAAGAACCUUCUCAUGAAGUGACAUUGGGAAAACGAAAGGCUUCCGAGGAAAUUCUUGAGAUUGAUAAAGCCGCUCUUGCGAGACAGAAAAGAUUGAUCAAGAAUCGUGAGUCCGCUGCUAAGUCCAGAGCAAAAAAGGAGAGAUAUGUUAGUGGUCUUGAGGACCUGGUUAAGAAACUGGAGAUAGAGAAUAAGCAGUUAUUUGAAGAACAGACUGAAAGGAAAAUGGAGAGGCUCAAGCAACUCCGUGAGUGCAUCAUUCCAAUUACGGAACAGCCAAGACCAAAACCGAAACUGAGGAGAACGAGUUCAUUGUGAUCAGUCAGAGUAGGAUUUAGAGCUAGGUGUAGAUAUAAGAGUUUUCUUUCUAGGUUACACAUUGCUGGUUUCUCAGAGUUACACCGUUGUAUAGACAAAAUAGCAGCAAUGACAUGAUAAAAGUUUUUUUAGGGGUUUUAUUAGAGCUUAACUUAUAACGUUUGAUUGAUUCAUGGAUAUGGAAGAUCCAUGGUUAUUGGUGGUUUCAAGGUUAUGUGUUGUUAAUUUUAGCAAUUUAGAUGCUAUGCUUGCUAAUUUCGUGAAUGGGGUAUGGUACCUGAAUAUGAAAAUACCUGUUAGAUUUUAUAUCAACAGGUCAAGAUUAGUAGACUUUUAUGUCACAUGAUUGUGCCAUAUUUUCAAUAUACAAUUGAAUUAAUUCAUUUAAAAUAUUUUGAAAUUCUAUAAGUCCAACAACUGAAGGUGGUGAUGGAUACUACUCUUACGAUUCGUGAUAUGGUUAAUUAAUUCAGAAGCAUAUUGAGAUCAACAAAGGUUGCAGAUGGGGAAGAUGAACUAUAUAUUAUAUAUAUGUUGUAGUAUAAAUGUUGCUUGGAAGCUAAUUUGGAAGUGAAGAGACCCUCUUAUAAUUCAAACUUUCAUAUGGUUGGUUGUUCAUGGAAGACUCUUUGAAUCAAUCAUAGGCCACACAAAUGGAGAUCAACAACUUUUGUUCCUUGCUAAUGACGAAACUAUUCUUCAUGUCCUUUGAGAUUGCGACUCAGGUAUGAGUUAUAUUUAUUCUUUCUAACAAACCACUCAAUUUUAUUCCUAUUAUUGCAGGGAUUCAGUGUUUCAAAAUCGCCAAGAAUGUACAUGAUGUGGAUUGAAGCUCCUCUUUAUGAUCUCUUGCUAGUUCCUAAUGAAGUGGCGUACCAUGGUUGAGAAUGUUGCAUGAAUAUGCUCACAAGAUUUUCCAUUGCUCUUAUGGUUGAGAUGGGCACAAUGUUGUAUGGAUAGAAGUAGCUUAGGGAUAUAUGGUUCUAAAUCUCGUCCGGGACACAAUUUUCAAAUUUGCACAGUGCUAGCAACGAACCCUUCAACAUAUUUUUUUUAUUGAUUGAACUCCAUAUAA